AACAAUAAUAACAAUAAUAAUAAUACUUGGCAUGCUAAAUUAAAAAAAAAAUCACGUGGUUUACAUAACACAAGCACUGUUACGUAGAAACAAUAAAUAACUUCGUUACUACCGAGGAAAUGCAUCCUUUGGACGGUACACAUAUAUUCACAUUGUUUAUUUUUUUCGGAGCGGUUAGAAAGUGACCGAGUAGAGGAGGUGCCAGGAAGGGCAGUGGGCGGCGGGCGGUUUCCCAGGAGAGUAUAUAAGACCCAUCACCACGGCUGAUGGGCACAGUCAAGCAGCUACAGGACUCGUGUACACAACACAUACCUCCUUAACAUGAAACUUGUGGCCGUUGUGUUGGUACUGGUGGUGGCACUGACCACUGUGAUGGGGUCAGCCAGAGCCAUGCCUGACCCUGAUGCCAAGGCUGAUCCUGACCCACAGUUUGGAUUUGGAAGUCACGAGUUUGGAAGAUUUGGUGGGCGUGGAUUUGGGGGUGGAUUUGGUGGAUUUGGUGGAUUUGGUGGAUUUGGUGGAUUUGGUGGUGGUGGAUUUGGAGGUGGAUUUGGUGGUCGUAGAUUUGGACGUCGUAGAUUUGGAAGUCACGAGUUUGGCAGAUUUGGUAAUGGAUUCUUUGGUUAACGAUGGACGCUUCUCUACUGCCAGCAGUCGUCUCCCAUGAGAAGGAUAGAUUAUUCAAUCAAGAAAUACAGAUCAUUCCUCAAGAGAUUAACGAUUUGGAAAUUUACAGCUACAAUUACUGGUGCAAAUACCGAUACGUAACUGGAGCUUGUCCAACACCUAAUCUUGAGCCUCCAAUUCCUUCAACAUCCACACCACCGUCAGCCUCCACUGCUCCCCUUGUGAGGGAAGACGUCGAAGGCAUCAGUCAUGAAUCUCAACAAGAUUGUCAGGAAGUCACCAACUGGUUUUUCAAUAAUUUAUGUCUGUCAGAAGAAUUUUUAGUGAAAAAAUAAAUAUUUAUUUAUGCAA